AUGGUCACCCAUCCCCGCCUCGCGGUUCAACUAUUCGGCUUUCUAUCAUCCAGAUUCUAUGCGCAACGGUGCUCACGAGGUCAGAACAACGUCAAGGGGGGCUUCUUUCUAACCGAGGACCUCGCGCGAUUCGACGCUCCCUUUUUCGGCCUCACCAAGGCUGAAGCAGCAUCUCUCGACCCGGAGCGGCGUCUCCCCCUCGAAUGUGCCUAUGAGACACUUGAAAAUGCCGGUACCAAGCUGAAGGACACCUUGGGUAGCGAGAUGGGCGUCUACGUCGGCAUCUUCAUGAGCGACUGGGGGAAGAUGACCCGGCGCGAUCCGGAUGCCCUGACCAUCUACCAGCUUACGGGGAGUGGACACUCAAUGCUGGCGGGCCGCAUGUUGUACUCUUACAACCUGAGGGGUCCAUCUAUGACGGUUAACACGGCGUGCUCCGCCAGCUUUGUGGCCCUACACAGUGCAUGCUCGGCUCUGCACAGCGGCGGGUGCACGUCCGCACUGGUGGGUGGCGUCAAUUCUCUCCUCAAUCACGACUUGAUGGAGGUCCCAACGCAGCUGCGACCGUGGAAGUCAGCCAAUGUUCUCAGGGCAUCUAUCAACAACUUUGGUUAUGCCGGUACAAAUGCCCAUGUCAUCGUCGAGCGAGCAAAGGGCUACCUCAGACAAGGCGGUCUGGACAUCGUUGCUCCAGGUAGCAAUGGUGGCCGCCAUCAUCCAAACGGGACCACGUCUGUUAUCGACGGUACUGAUGCUAAUGAGAGCUCGAGGUUCCACUCGUACGAUGUCACAGACACCACGACUGGGUUCUUCGAGAAGCUCAAGCAGAAGGCAGCAGACCCGUGGUCUGGCCUCGUCAACUUUGGUAAGUUGAACAUUGAACAAGACCCAGGUACCACAAAGAGUCUGAAGGACGACGGCCGCCCGGCGAUUAUCGUUGCAGAGCUCUCAGGUUCUUUGCUCAAGAAUCUCACGGAAGCAGAGCUCAAGAUGGUUCAACAUGUCUUGAUGGGCAGAGACCAAGUCCUUUGGGUGACCCAGGGCGCCGCGUUUAGCUCAACAAAUCCAGAUCUGAAUCUUGUUAGCGGACUCUUUGCAACCCUAGGAGCUGAGCUUGGAGGCUUGCUGGUGCAUUUUGAUUUGGAUUCUUCGCGGGCCUUGGAUCACCAGGCACCCUGUGCUCAACAAUGGGGCAGUUGGUCAGAGACGCAGCCUUUUUUCCAGCCCGGGCGGGCCUUGAAACUCAAGAUGAAGACACCAGGGCUCCUUGACAGUCUUUACUUCGAUGAUGAUAAAGGCAUGUCCACUCCGCCCAGGGGCGAUGAGGUAGAUAUCAAAGUCAUGGGACAUAUAGAGACGUACGACUUGGGCGCAGAAUUCAGCGGAAUCAUCGCUCGGGUCGGUCCUGACGUCAAGUCACUCCGAGUGGGAGAUCACGUCGUACAACAGGCCUUUGGAACCUUUUCGACGUUUGCCCAGACCAGAGAGAUAUUCACGACGAUUUUCCCAGAUGUGACCAUGGAGGAAGCAACCACGCUGCCAAUUGUCCUCACAAUAGCCGUAUACGCCGUCAAGGUGGCCAGAUUGUCCGCGGGAGAUACAGUUCUUGUCCGCUGCGCGGCCGGUGGCCUAGGCCAAGCCCUGGUGGUGCUUUGCAAGAUACGCGGCGCAAAUGUGUACAUCACGGUUGGCACCGUCGCCAAAAAGGAAUUCAUGAUGGGUGAGUAUGGAAUCCGCGAGGAUCGUAUAUUCACUAGCCGCGACGGCAGCUUCCAGAAAGGCGUUCUGCAGGCCACUGGCGGGGUCGGGGUCAACGUUAUCUUCAACUUGCUGUCGUCAGACCUGUUGCGUGCCACGUGGGAGUGUAUCGCUCCCUUCGGCAGAUUUACAGAGCUGGGGAAACGUAACUUCGCUUUCAAUUCAAGACUGGACAUGACCAAGUUUGCGCGCAAUGUCACAUUUGCGGCCGUCGACCGGGCAGGCGUCAUCCAGGAGCGGCCGGAAGAGGCAGCAGCUGCGCAGCGGGAAGCGAUGUCCAUGUUGAUGGAUGGUGCGGUGCACACCCGGCGGCCGGUCUCGGUUUAUUCGAUGGAGAAUCUGGAAACAGCGCUGAGAAGAAUGCAGACGGGUCGGCACAUGGGAAAAUUCAUGGUCCGACCAACAGUUGAUGAUGUUGUGCGGGUCCUGCCAAGAAGACAAGAGAGGGCAUCGUUCCUACCCAACGCAAGCUACCUCCUCAUCGGCGGCCUCGACGGCCUCGGCGGCAUCGGUCACGCAUGGGCAAAGCGCACGAUUCACCUGGGCGCCAAACACCUGAUUUUUAUGUCACCCAGCGGCGCGCAGAAACCGCAAGCCAAGGCUGCCCUGGAGGAGAUGCAACGAAAUCUGGAGGCGGCUCACGUACUCACGUGCGGCGUUAGCGAUCGUGACCAGCUCGCCGCCGCCCUCGGCCAGACGACAUCCCUCCCUCUCAUACGCGGCGUCUUCCAGUGCGCCAGCAACUUCGCCAGCUCACUGUUCCGCAACACAAGUCUGGAGGUGUGCAUGGCCACCUUGCGUCCCAAGGUGCAGUCGACAUGGAACCUGCACGAGAUCCUUCCGCACGAUAGCCUGGACUGCUUCGUCCUGCUAUCAUCGGCCACCAGCAUCGUAGGCAACACGAGCCAGAGCGCCCACAGUGCCGCACCGACCUUCCAGGGUGCGUUUUCCGACCAUCACAACAACACCCUGGGCCUGCCCGCCGUGUCGAUAGAUCCGGACAUGGUUGCGGGGGUGGACCACGUAGCGGAGCAUGCUGAUGUGUGGCGCAGCCUCCAGGGGCAAGGGCACGCCGAGAUCUCGGAGGAAGAGUGCAUGUCCACCAUCGAGGCGGCCAUGAUGCAGCCGUCGCGCGCUGGGGAGAGCGGAAACGUCAUCAUUAGCCUCGACGAUCCGUUUGGGGGCUACUCUCCGAUGAAUAAGUCGGCUACCAUGUCCCUCGUUCGACUGCUGGCUGCACGAACGACUGCUAGUAGAUAUGCUGAUGCAGAGGCUUCCAGUGACGGUGUCAAUAGCACUCCGAGGGUGUGUGAUCUGCCUAAAAAGGCGGCGACCGUCGAGGAAGUCGAGAGACAUGUCGCCGAUUCGCUGCUGGCCAAGAUGUGCAGCUUGCUCAUGGUGUCCACCAAUGACAUUGACAUGGAGAACUCCAUGAGCCAUUAUGGACUGGACUCGCACAUUGCUGUGGUAAGCCUUUCUUCACCGUCAGUGUUUAAGGUUGCGUAA